GCUUUCAUUGAAUUGCACUGCAAGCGCUGCAUCGAUCUAAAGCCUGCAGCAGUCCCAGCACGACAGCGUACACUCCUGUCCCUUAACAGAUGAGGACUACAUCAUCUCUGGUUUAUCAUCAAACGGGUGGACCGAAUUCGCUCUUACACUGGAAGAAGUGAGAGCCAGCACCGUGGGAGAGAGAUUUCCCGUUGCAGAAGCGUCACUUCUCUGUAGUUGGCUAAUGAUUUUUAUUAAUUCCCAACUUGUCUUAAUCCAGCGAGGACAAAACACAGCGAUGCUAAGACUUCAGGACGCUCAUGAGAGUUUAAUUUCGUCAUUUUAUCUCUGAAUUUCGACAUUAAGUGUACCACAGCCGGUUAUUACGAGGAUUAAAACCGAUAUCUGUCGUUUACGAAAGGAAAUACAAUGCCGGACCAGAUCACAGUGGCGGAGUUUGUGGCGGAGACGAAUGAAGAUUAUAAAUCGCCCACCGCCUCAAACUUCACCACUCGAAUGACUCACUGCAGGAACACUGUAGCCGCACUGGAGGAGGCCCUGGAUGUGGACCGCAGUGUCCUUUACAAGAUGAAGAAGUCAGUUAAGGCCAUUUACGCCUCGGGUCUGGCUCACGUGGAGAACGAGGAGCAGUAUACUCAAGCUCUAGAGAAGUUUGGAGAGAACUGUGUGUACCGAGAUGACCCUGACUUGGGAUCAGCCUUCCUGAAGUUCUCCGUCUUCACCAAGGAGCUCACAGCCCUCUUCAAGAACCUGUUUCAGAACAUGAAUAACAUCAUUACCUUCCCAUUGGACAGUCUGCUGAAGGGAGAUCUGAAAGGGGUUAAAGGGGAUCUCAAGAAGCCCUUUGAUAAAGCCUGGAAAGACUAUGAGACUAAAGUCUGCAAGGGACAUUCUUUACUGAAAGGUUCUAAAAUAGAGAAGGAGAAAAAAGAGCACGCCCGACAGCAUGGAAUGAUCCGGACGGAGAUCAGUGGAGCAGAGAUAGCAGAGGAAAUGGAGAAAGAGCGCCGUUUCUUUCAGCUUCAGAUGUGUGAGUACCUCCUCAAAGUCAAUGAAAUCAAGAUCAAGAAAGGUGUCGACUUGCUUCAGAAUCUCAUCAAAUACUUUCACGCACAGUGCAACUUCUUUCAGGAUGGUCUCAAAGCAGUUGACAACCUCAAACCCUCAAUAGAGAAACUCGCCACAGACUUGCACUCGAUCAAACAGGUACAGGAUGAAGAACGCAGGCAGCUAAACCAGUUACGGGACGUGCUAAAGACCGCUCUGCAAGUGGAGCAGAAGGAGGACUCACAGGUGAGACAGAGCGCCACCUACAGUCUGCACCAGCCCCAGGGCAACAAAGAGCAUGGGACGGAGCGCAGCGGGAACCUUUACAAGAAGAGUGAUGGGCUGCGGAAAGUGUGGCAGAAGAGAAAGUGCACAGUGAAGAAUGGUUAUUUGACCAUCUCGCACGGGACGGCUAACAGACCUCCUGCCAAACUCAAUCUUCUCACCUGUCAGGUGAAGCACAACCCAGAGGAGAAGAAAAGUUUCGACCUCAUCUCCCAUGACAGAACGUAUCAUUUCCAGGCAGAGGAUGAGCCAGAGUGUCAAAUAUGGAUCUCAGUGCUGCAGAACAGUAAGGAGGAGGCGCUCAACAACGCGUUUAAGGGCGACCAGCAUGUUGGCGAGAACAACAUUGUGCAGGAGCUGACCAAGGCCAUCCUGGGUGAGGUCAAGCGGAUGGCGGGUAACGAUGUCUGCUGUGACUGCGGAGCUACCGGCCCCACAUGGCUCUCUACCAACCUGGGCAUCCUGACGUGUAUCGAAUGUUCAGGGAUCCACCGAGAGUUGGGCGUGCACUACUCCAGAAUUCAGUCACUAACACUAGACGUUCUCAGCACCUCAGAGCUCUUGCUGGCCAAGAACGUGGGGAAUGCUGGGUUUAAUGAGAUCAUGGAAGCUUGUCUGACAGCAGAAGAUGUCAUCAAACCAAAUCCAUCCAGCGACAUGCAGGCGAGGAAAGACUUCAUCAUGGCCAAAUACACAGAGAAGCGUUUUGCUCGUAAGAAGUGUCCUGAUGUGCUGUCGAAACUGCACACGCUCUGUGAUGCUGUGAAGGCUCGGGAUAUUUUCUCUCUCAUCCAGGUCUAUGCUGAGGGUGUGGACCUAAUGGAGCCCAUUCCUCUGGCCAAUGGUCAUGAACAAGGUGAAACAGCCCUUCAUCUGGCCGUGAGACUGGUGGACAGAACCUCCCUUCACAUCGUCGACUUCCUCACCCAGAACAGUUUAAACCUGGAUAAGCAAACGGCUAAAGGAAGCACAGCGCUGCAUUACUGCUGCCUGACAGACAACAGCGAGUGUCUCAAACUGCUACUGAGAGGAAAAGCCUCUAUAGACAUUGCUAAUGAAGCUGGUGAGACGCCGCUUGACAUCGCCAGGCGACUCAAACAUCUGCAGUGUGAGGAAAUGCUUAACCAAGCGCUUGCAGGAAAGUUCAAUGCUCAUGUGCAUGUGGAGUACGAGUGGAGACUUCAGCAUGAAGAUCUGGACGAGAGUGAUGAAGAUCUAGACGAGAAGUCUAGUCCUCACCGGCGGGACGAGAGGCCCAUCAGCUGCUACACACCGGGCAGUAAUUCCCUUCAGCCCAGUCCGGCUAGCCUGGCACGAGACGCACGAGACGUGGGCAAAGACAAGCAGCGUUUCAUUCCUAACCUUGUCAACAAUGAGACCUAUGGUACCAUCAUCAACACCAACUCACCGGUCACCCUCUCCACCUCUGCUCCACCUCUACCACCCCGAAAUUUAGUUCAGCCGUCUGGUCUUGCUGGAAUAGCUCAGGGAUCUCCCGGCUGGAAUCCUGGCUCCCUAGAUCUGACCGGCAGGCAGCGAUCUUCCUCUGACCCCCCCAACAUGCAUCCACCAGUGCCCCCCUUACGGGGCACAUCCACUUCCCUUCUUGUUCCCAGCGGAGCUCUUCCUCCUGUGGCUAAAACUGGCAGUGUGAUGGAGGCCAUGACUACACAGCCCAAACCUGGACAGGGGCCUCCUGGUCAGAGCAUCAGCCGGGCUACAAGCGCGGACAAAAGCUUCAGUAAAAGCACACUGAUGCGCUCCGGAUCCAUCGAGAGACCAGGCAGAUCUCAGAGAAACCAUGUUGACUCUAAAGAAGUUCCUGGAGGCCCCCAAAACACCACUGGUCAAACUCUGCCCGCUACACACAUGCCCAGGAAAACUUACCUGCAGAGGCCGAAGCGUGUGAAGGCCAUGUAUAACUGUGUGGCUGAUAACCCAGAUGAGCUGACGUUCUCUGAGGGAGAGGUGAUCGUCGUGGACGGUGAGGAGGACCACGAGUGGUGGCUGGGCCACAUUGAGGGAGAGCCAAUGAGAAGAGGAGCAUUUCCGGUCACAUUCGUGCAGUUCAUCAUGGACUGAAGUUCACAGAUUAUAGACACAGAGUUGGACGGAUGAAAGCACUUCUCUGCUUCUGUGUGGUCUCACCGACCAUCAUCAUCUUCAUCACUGUCCCCUUUAUCGUGAGGCUUCAUCUGAGCUUCCAAAAUCCCUGGCUCUAGCCUGGCUUGAGAGACUCUGUCUCUGGAAUAUAACAGCUUUCUCGGCUUUUUGUUUUACAUUUUUGGUUUGUGAAUUAGAUAGGAUUCCGAAUGAGUUUGAUGUAUCUAAUCUAGACACACUUUUAACCUAACUUAUCAUGAGCGCAAUGCUAAUGAGAUGAAUGUCACCAAAAUGAAGGUUUUAUUCCGACAUUAUUAUUCCUUUUAGAUAGACUGCUCUAUACCAUAAAGAUGUUUUUGAAGUACACAGAUCUGUGAAUAUUGUCUUGUUUGCCCACAUUCUGUGAUUGGCAAAAAAAAGGCAAAAA